AAGACGCCGAGCGCGGCCGGCAGGACGCUGGCUUGGGCACGGGGGAGGGGCGCCGACCGCGAGGACGGUGACAAAAUGUCUGGCAACAACGACUGGUCUCAGAGUUCCCAGGUCCCCAGCUUUGCCCAAAUGCUGAAAAAGAACUUGCCGGUUCAGCCCUCAGCCCUGAGGGCUGCUGCGUCUGCGGCAUGUUCCUCCGGGAGUUCCUACGCGAGCCUGUCGAAUAUGGCCUCAAAGGUUACGCAAGUGACGGGUAGUUUUCCAGAACCGUUACUUUCCAAAGGUCUUUCAUCUAUUUCAAUUCCUGUCCUUCCUCCAAAAAAAAUACCUAAGGAAUUUAUAAUGAAAUACAAACGUGGAGAGAUAAAUCCUGUGUCAGCCUUGCACCAGUUUGCACAAAUGCAGCGGGUUCAGCUUGACCUUAAGGAAACUGUAACAACAGGCAAUGUUAUGGGAUCGUAUUUUGCUUUUUGUGCUGUGGUGGAUGGCAUUCAGUACAAGACUGGACUAGGACAAAAUAAAAAGGAGUCUAGAUCCAAUGCAGCAAAAUUAGCUCUUGAUGAGCUUCUACAGUUGAAUGAACCUGAACCAAGAAUUUUAGAAACAUCAGGUCCUCCUCCAAUUCCUGCAGAAACUGUUGUUUCUCCUGAACCAGCAUAUGUUUCAAAAGUACAUUAUGAAGGGAGACAAAUUCAGUUUACAAAGAUUUCACAGAUUGUUACAGAAACAUUUAAUCAGCUAAUUACUACUCACUCAGAAUAUCUUCAAUAUAGCAAUUCAUUGGCUGCUUUUAUAAUUGAAAGAGCUGGACAGCAUGAAGUUGUAGCUAUAGGUACAGGUGAAUACAAUUACAGCCAGUGUAUUAAGCCAAACGGAAGAGUGCUGCAUGACACUCAUGCUGUUGUUACAGCAAGGAGGUCUCUCCUUAGGUACUUUUAUAGACAACUUCUGCUCUUCUAUAGCAAAAAUCCUGCCAUGAUGGAAAAAUCAAUAUUUUGUGCAGAACCAACUUCUAAUCUACUCACUCUUAAACAGGAUACUAACAUUUACCUAUAUAUGAACCAAUUGCCUAAAGGAUCAGCCCAGAUUAAGUCACAGUUACGCCUUAAUCCACAUUCUAUAUCUGCAUUUGAAGCCAAUGAAGAGCUGUGUCUCCAUGUGGCUGUUGAAGGCAAAAUUUAUCUGACUGUUUACUGCCCUGCAGAUGUUGUUAAUAGAAUAAGCAGUAUGUCCUCAAGUGACAAAUUAACAAGAUGGGAAGUGCUUGGUGUACAGGGAGCAUUGUUGAGUCACUUUAUACAGCCAGUUUAUAUCAGCAGUAUACUUGUUGGUGAUGGGAAUUGCAGUGAUACUAGAGGCUUAGAAAUCGCUAUAAAGCAACGUGUUGAUGAUGCACUCACUUCAAAACUUCCAAUAUUUUACUUGGUCAACAGACCUAAUAUUAGUUUAGUACCCUCUGCAUUUCCCCUUCAAGUGAACUUGGAAUGCAAAUCCCUGAGUCUGAACUGGGCACAAGGGGAUAAUUCUUUGGAGAUUGUGGAUGGCCUAAGUGGGAUGGUCACUGAAAGCUCCCCAUUUAAAAGUGGUAUGUCCAUGGCAAGUCGUCUUUGUAAGGCUGCAAUGUUAAGUCGAUUUAAUCUGCUUGCCAAAGAAGCUAAAAAAGAGUUACUUGAAGCUGGUACAUAUCAUACAGCUAAGUUUAUGUCUACCUCCUAUCAAGAAGCUAAAACUAAGUUGAAAUCCUACUUACAGCAACAUGGUUAUGGAUCCUGGAUUGUGAAAUCUCCUUGUAUAGAGAAAUUUAGUAUGUGAAUCAGGCAAUUUAUUGUCAUAUUAAACUUAUUUUAUUUUUUGGUGUGUUUUGA